AUGCAGUCCGCCUCCUCCGCCUCCACCACCACAUUAUCGUUUGCGGAUAAAAUGCAGCGACUCCUGCAGCGGCGGGCGGAGCAGCAGGAACUCCCGGCGGGUUACAUGCGGUGCCCACUCAAUCCCGCACAUCAAAUCCCCAUCGCCGCCAUCGUCACACAUCUCGAGAAGACACAUCAACAAGAUGUACUCUCACUGAAUGCACAUGCCAUGUAUGGGGUGGAGACAUUUAAUAGAAGACGGAGAUUUCUGGAAUCGCAAUUACAUCUACAGGAACGUAAAGAGAAGUCUUAUAAUAAUAGUAAUAAUAAUAAUAAUAGGAAGAAGAAGAAGAGAUGGAAUCAUUCACAUUAUCAACAACAAGAAGAAGAAAAAGAAAAAGAAGAAGAAGAGUAUUAUUAUAGAAAACGAUCACAUCAUCAUCAUCAUCAUCAUCAUCAUCGUUCGUCUAGUGUGAGUACGAAUAGAAGUGAACGUAGUACGAGUAGUCAUAGUAGUACCUUGACAACAAGUACCGGCAGUACGAGUAUGAUGAGUAGAUCCAGCAGCAACAGUUCAACUCAUUAUCACAAUUACAAUCAUAAUAAUAAUAAUAAUAAUAAUAAUAAUAAUAAUAAUAAUAAUAAUAAUAAUAAUAAUAAUAAUAAUAAAAGUUAUCAUUACUCUCGACGUGGACAUUGUCAGGAUUCCUAUUCCGAUCCCAACAGUUCACAUUCCAUCUCCACAUCCGCAGGGUCAUUACCACGCAUUCCACACAAACGACGUGUACGGCCGCGAAUAUCUUACGAAGCCCAACAACAACAACAACAUAAACAUCAAUAUACAGAGAUGAACACAACACACAUACAUCCCAAUAUCUCUUCACAGAAUCUUUAUUAUGAUGUGAAGAUGAAUAUCGCCUCUCAAGAUGUGAUGGAUUGGAAUAGAAUGUAUUUACCGCCUCCUCCUCCUCCUCCUCCUCCUCCUCCUCCUCCACUUUCACUGCCAACAACAACAACAACAUUAUUAUUACCACAAACAAGAUUAACGACAAUACCACCUUUACCACCUGCAACACCUGAAAUUUCACCGGUAAUGGAAAGAACAACAGCGACAACAACAUUAUUAGGGCGGUACACACUUGGACAUUCUAUUAGUAGUGAACAUCUUAUGAGUUAUUUACUUCAAUUUGGUCCACUAACGCAUUGUGAGGUACAACCACAGUAUGGAACUUUCACAGUUAUGUACACAAGAGCGGAGGAUGCCUAUCAGUGUCUUCGAAUGAGUUAUCCAUUUGUGUUAAUAGAUGGAGUAACGGUAGAACUACAAUCUAUAUUACCAACUGCGGGUGUUCCUUUAACUGUGGCUGCGGCUUCUUCUUCCUCAACAUCAUCUACUUUACCAAACAGUGGGAUCUCUGUGAAUACAAUGACAUCUUAUGGAUAUUCUAUGCAGACACAAACAACAUCUAUACAAUAUCCUAAUCAUCCUAAUCAUCAGUAUAAUCAUCAUCAUAUUAAUAAUUAUCCCCCAUCAUCAUCACCGACACCACCACCACCGCCGCCGUCAGUACCACCACCAUCUACUCAUACUAUUGUAAAAACAAAUAAUGUUACUAUUCCAUCAUCAUCAUCAUCAGCAGCAGCAGCAGCAGCUAUCGUAACAACCUCAUCUUCUUCUUCUUCUUAUGCCCAUCCAUAUGGAACGAAUGGAGUUUCUGUUAUUACGGUUGGUGGAGCUCCAGUGGGUGUUACUAUGAUGGAUGGAAACCGUACGGUUAACAGCAGUAUCCCUUCAACGAGGAGUGCUAUUGUAAAACCCCCUAAAGGUGUAAUGAUGGCUGCACUGAAGGGUAAAAAGGAUAAAAAGGCAGAAGCUAUCGUUGAAGAAGAAAUAUGGAAAGAAUUUUCAAGAUUUGGUGCGGUUCUAAAUAUUAUAGUAGCAGGACCACGUGUGCUGGUGGAGUUUGAAUCUGAAGGAAGUGUGGAGAAAGCCACUCAAGCACUACAUAAGGAUGCUGAUCUUUUCGUUAACUGUAGUUGUUGUUGUUGUCAUUGA